GACCAAUGGCCUGAGUUCUAAUAUGAGAGAAAUGAAGAUGGCGGACGCCCCUCGCUUCUAAACAAAUCUUGCUUCUACCAAAACAAAUGGCUUGUUUUCUUUUUGAAGUAUCACAUACCGUUAAUUGAAAGCAUCUGUGCUGCUCGAGUACGAGAAGAUACAAACUGUUACAAUGGAAGAGGGUGAUGACUCUAGGAAUUCCAUUGCCGCAGAUGAGUCAGACUUUCAUUGCAGCUGUUGUUAUGACUUGAUGGUAGACCCUACAACCUUGAACUGCGGCCAUAACUUUUGUCGUUUUUGCCUGGCACAUUGGUGGUACUCGUCCAGGAAGACGACAUGUCCUGAAUGCCGUCAGCCUUGGCAGGGGUUCCCUAAUGUUAACUACCUUUUAAGGAAAACCAUAAGGAAACUUUUCCCAGAGGAAAUAAAAGAAAGAGAGACUGCUAUAGAAAGCAAUACAAACUAUGAGAAAGUCCUGAAAAAGUUUGAAAAGUUUGGGAACAGAAGACUGGAACAAGGGGCAAGUGGUGGGUUUCAGAGAGACCAGAAUUAUCACUGGGCUGUAUUCACAAUCAAGUGUGUCGCCAUUGCUGCUGGCUGUGUAGGAAUUCUUAUGUUUGUCUACGAUACCUUGGCCAUGAUUCUAACAUCAACAGAGCCUUUGGUCAGUAAGCCAGUAACUUCCUGGACACCAGAGGAUGUCUCUAAAUGGGUUGCUGGGCUUGGACCAUGGACUAAAGGUUAUGGACAGAAAUUCCUGGACAGUGGUAUUAAUGGCAUGGUUCUGGUAUCACUAACUGAGACUGAUUUGGAGGACCCUCCUCUUGAAAUGAAGGUGGCAAUUCACCGAAGAGCUUUGAUUCAAGCCCUUGAAGGAGUAAAAAAUCUUGGCGUUAAGCCACCUUCAGAUCUAUGGGAAUACAAGGCUGCCUACCCUGCACGGUGUAUCUUUUUGUUGUGGGGUUUUCGGGAGUUCCCAAGAGCCACGGCUAUCUACACUUUCUUCUUUCUUCAUGAUGAGAUCUUCAUGCCACUCUUAUACCACACGUCAGAACGGGACAUGGACUAUGUCAUACAAGAACUUGGUGAAAGGUGGCAUGUCCCUUCAGUAGAGUAUAUUCGUUUUUUCACACGUGUUCUCCUGACCCCAUACUACUUGGUUGGAAAAUUCGCCUACAAGUGGAUUCAUGUCAAUCUUUGGACUGUUGGCCUUAUAGUCACUUUCUGUUUCAUGAUGACUGCAAGUGAACUGUUAAAAACAAGAUGGCUUUUUAUGGGAGGCUGGAGGAACAUUCCAAGCAUUUUCCUGCAGAACUUGAAACCAAUGCUUGGAAAUGGUCUCAUACACCUUAUCAUCUGGCACUUCAUGCCUCAAUUUGUAGGCAAUUUCUUCUUUUACUGGUUGCUACUCAUGAGCCCAGUUUAUGGCUGGUCUGUACUCAAAACAUCAUGGUACGAGGCCGAUAGACAGUAUGGUCCAGGUACCGGUUUACUGGCAAGACAGGUGGUGUCAUGGGUGUGGAGAAAGGUUUCCACACGACUUGGGGUAUAAACACCAUAUAGAGUAAUGCUGACUCACUAUGAACUGACAUAUUUCGUCUUGGUGUGGGUACAUGGGCACUCAAAUACCUUUAAAAUACCAUGGUUUCCUCUUUUAGUUGUUAAUUUUAUUUAAUUAAAAACUUGUAGAAGAUAUUAUAACAAUCACCCCUUUGCCCUUAACAGCUACAUCCUCUUGACAGUUUACGUAGUUGAAAGUAACAUCUAUAUUUUAGAAAUGUCUAACAUUUUAUCAAUCCUCUUGGAUUACCAAGGGGUUUUAUCUUAUAACCUUAAAAGUUCUGGCGAUGUAGUUUUGUUAACCAUCAUAUUCUUAAGUGCUUAUCUCAUAUAAAAUCCUCUGUGUUGGGAGGUAUUUUGAGUUACACUGCUCAGAAGACUACUUUGUAGGUGCCCUAGAGCCAAGUUUUUUUUUCUUUGGCUCAGAAAAUUCAGUAAGAAUUAGGGAGCAGAUAUGAAAAAAGAGUUCCAACUUGCAGGGCAAUUUCUGAAAAUUCACAUUGUAUUGAUCAUGUUGAAAAUGAUCGCAUUAUUUCAAAACGCACAAAAUAUUAUAUAUUUUAUACAAGUCAAACCAUACAGAGAUUUUGUAAAUAUAUUGUUUUAUGUUUUAGCAAAAGUGAGAAGCACCAGCAGCAUGGCUUAAAUAAAAUUUUCAUAUUUUUUUAUUUACAUUGCAUGUAAAUUGGAUGACGUUGAAAUAUCCAUAUACUAUUACCAGUCUUGCUACAGGAUAUGGUAUUAUUGACAACUGCUGUGUUCUCACUUGUUAUAUAUUUAACACUUUUUAAAAUCAGUUUAUUUGAAACAAUAAACACAUCUUAGUAAAGACUAAGUUAAUAUAAGAUAUGUAACACCCAAUAUUAGUUGAAAAUGGAAAAAUUUGCUUUAUAA